CCGCCUCCCAGUAUUUCUUCUCCCUUUUCAACGACGGAGCUUGGUUGUGAGUCCCCGGUACCGAGCGGAGAACAACAGAAUUGACAGCCGUGACUCUAGUCAAGGGGAAGAUGGAGCACAGAGAUUCCGACUUUAAUAUAUUAUUAGCCACCGAUUCAUAUAAGGUCACACAUUACAAGCAGUAUCCUCCGAACACUAGCAAAGUGUACUCCUACUUCGAGUGUCGUGAGAAGAAGACUGAACCCAGCAAGGCCAGGAAAGUCAAGUAUGAGAAGACGGUGUUCUACGGCCUGCAGUACAUUCUCCACAAAUACUUAAAAGGGAAGGUGGUGACUCCAGCGAAGAUCCAGGAAGCCAAGGAGGUCUACAGGGAACACUUUCAGGAUGACGUCUUCAACGAGAAGGGCUGGAACUACAUCUUGGAGAAGUACCAAGGACACCUGCCCAUCGAGAUCAAGGCCGUGCCAGAGGGCAGCGUAAUACCUCGCGGGAAUGUCCUCUUCACUGUGGAAAGCACAGACCCAGAGUGUUACUGGCUCACCAACUGGGUUGAGACUAUCCUCGUCCAGAGCUGGUACCCCAUCACUGUGGCAACCAACUCGCGGGAACAGAAGAAGAUCUUGGCCAAAUACCUGAUGGAGACGUCUGGGAACCUGGAGGGCCUCGCCUACAAACUCCACGACUUUGGCUACAGAGGCGUGUCUUCGCAAGAGACGGCUGGGAUCGGUGCCUCGGCACACUUGGUAAACUUCAAGGGAACGGACACCGUGGCCGGAAUCGGAGUGAUCAAGAAAUACUACGGAACCAAGGACCCUGUUCCGGGGUUCUCUGUACCAGCCGCAGAGCACAGCACCAUCACUGCCUGGGGGAAGGACCACGAGAAGGACGCCUUUGAGCACAUCAUCAAGCAGUUCCCGUCGGUGCCCGUGUCCAUCGUCAGCGACAGCUACGACAUCUACAACGCCUGCGAGAAGAUCUGGGGCGAGGACCUGCGGUACCUGAUUGAGAAGCGCAGCCCCGACGCACCGCUGGUGGUCAGGCCCGACUCCGGCAACCCCCUGGAUACGGUGUUGAAGGUGCUGGAGAUCUUGGGCAAGAAGUUUCCUCCCAAGGAGAACUCCAAAGGCUACAAAGUGCUUCCUCCAUACAUCCGGGUCAUCCAGGGAGAUGGUGUGGACAUCAACACUCUGCAAGAGAUCGUGGAGGGCAUGAAGCAGCACAAGUGGAGCAUUGAGAACAUCGCCUUUGGCUCCGGGGGCGCCCUCCUGCAGAAGCUCACCAGGGACCUCCUCAACUGCUGCUUCAAGUGCAGCUAUGUGGUGACCAACGGCCUGGGGGUGAAUGUGUUCAAGGAUCCCGUGGCCGACCCCAACAAGAGGUCCAAGAAGGGGCGGUUGUCGCUGCACAGGACGCCGAGCGGAGACUUCGUCACCCUGGAGGAGGGCAAGGGGGAGCUGGAGGAGUACGGAGUGGAUUUGCUGCACACAGUGUUCCAGAACGGCAAGAUUGUAAAGACGUACACCUUCGACGAGGUGCGAGAAAACGCCAAGCUGACGGACAGCGAUCUGGAGGACCUGGCUCACUGAGGAGAGGCCGACACAAGUCACCCGUCGCCCAUCCUCCCAGCGUCCUUGCGUAACCUCCACAAUCUCCACUCCCCUCCAAACCUUCCUCCCUAUACAGUAACUACCGCCCCACCCCACCCCACGCCACUACAAUCCCAAGUCGGGUUUUCUCCCAUCACCCACCUUCUGCCCUAUUGUAUCCUUCAAACUCCCUAACCCUCCUCAUUCCACGUGUUGCUAACCCCCCCCUGCACCAAUCACACACCCCCCUAUCAUUAUACACAACCCCUCCUCUUCCACUAUAGCACUGUUCUCCAUAGGGGGGGUCGAGAGAGCCCCUGCCUCCUUUUCCACUCCCCCAGUAGCUGAGGAUUGGAGGAUGAGGGAAGGAUGGGAGAGUGGAGGUAGUGAACGAAUGUGUGAGUCAGUGAAUGUGUGAGUGAAUGAGAAAGGGAGGGGGGUGGGCAAUCAGAAAGAAAAGAGGGAGGGAGGGAGGUGAAGACGGGAGGAAGAACAAAUAGGCGAGAUGUUGCCACGCUGUACCCUGUUGUUCUGUGUACAGAGCUGUUUCUGUCUGUCGAUUUCCAGAAUCUGCUAAGCUUUGAUGUCUCUUUCUGAAUGGAGGAAAAAAAAGUAUAUAUAUGAAAUCAUGAUACCAUGGUAUACAAAUCAUUUAAAUGCAGUAAUGUAACUGUGUAUUUGACCAAGCAUCGCUAACGAUUACACAUCUUUGCGGGAAAGUAGAUAUAUGUGUAUAUUGAAGAGAGUUUUGAGAUUUUAUUUUCUUUCUCUUUUUUUUUUGGUUGUAGAACUGGAUGAUAGUGGUUUAGUGUCUGUUCGAGUGUGGAUGUUUGUGUAUGCAGAUACUUUUUAAAGGAAAACAAUUGUAUCAAAGGAACCGUGUUCCUUAUGCAAAAGAAACGGACUGAUUACAUGGUAAUCAGCAAAAAUGACAAGUCCUGUCAGCCUUUUCGAGGAACCGUACAGCUUUUAUUUCUCCCCCCCUUUCCCUCUUGCAGAUAAAUAGUGAGUUACCAUGCAAGCAGCUGCAAACAUUGCUGAAGUACUCCAGGAAACAAACAAACAAAAAAAAAUGGUGUAAUCAAAGAUAUCGGUGGCAACGACAAUGCCGCCUGUUUUUUCUCCCUUCGUUUCUGAUUUUUUUUUUAAUUCUUGUUGUUACUACUAGUACUACUAUUAUGAUUUGUAUAAGUACUACUUGUCAUCCGCGUUUUCUCUCAGUGAGAAAACCGAUGGAUAAUGCCAUUAAAUAUGGUGAGCAUAUUAGGCUUGGCUUGUUUUUGCUAUUUUGUAAUAUUUCAUUGUUUCAAACUCCAGAAAUCAUUAUUUUUUAUGACGGAAGAAUACUAUUUGUCAGAGCUUAUUGCGUUGAAAUAUCCAUACUUAACAAUAAUGUGGCCAAAAUGCCUUCUCUCUUGUGUACAACAUAUUGUAUGUUUAUGAAAGGGAGCUGGUCGGUUAGACGGUAAUAGAUUAUAUUGUUAUUAUUUUUGUCUAUUGCCCAUUUUAUACCAACAGAUUUUGCCUACCUUCUAAGUUCUAGUGUGACUAGUAUUGUGUGGUCAAGUCUCUAGUGCGUGUGUGUGUGUGUGUGUGGAUGAGUAUGUAUGUAUAUGGGUACGUUUGCACUGUCUAGACUGAAUCUCUAAUUGUUGCAUUUGUUAUAAUUAUAUAUUUUUUGUUGCUAUUUUUAAUGUAUUAUGUCGUUUGUUCUGUUUUUUUUUCUCUCUCUCUCUUUUCCUGACUCUUCCUCUGAAACUUUACCUAAUAUAACGAUUGCAGUGUUGUCAACAUUUAAGAAGAAGAAAAAAGAACGAUUAGACCCAUAUUUACCAAACUGUUUUUGAGAAUUUAAAAAGGUGAAUGCAUUCCCCUUUUUUAGCUGCUGUAAAAGUAAAUUAAAGAUUUCGCAGUGCACUAGCAUUCAAUCUGAUAGUAAAUUGAAUCACAUUUUGAAGUUACAUUGUGCUAGGAACAUAAGUGUGGAAGUUUAAAUAAAAAAAGCAAUAUCACACCAA